CUCGGACUCGAGAGUAUGAGAACGGCGAUACCAGCAGCCGAUUCUCCACGAAAAAUAACUACAUACAUUUUGACCUGAGUUCAAGAUCAUGAGAAAUCUGUCCUCGGAGUCUACAUUCAGCGCAAUCAUACUGUCACAUGGGGAUUGCAUAUCAAAAUGGGGUUGGGCGGCGUUUGAAAGAGAGGGUACAAAAUUCCGAUACGGGACUGGUGUUGGGGUAUUCUUGUUUCGUUCCUGUAAUUCUAAUCAGCUCUUUUUUUUUUUGGGUGGGAGUUUUCCCGUUUUACUUGCUCUGAAUGAGCUGCGGUGUUUCUGGGGUGGAUGGCGGGAUGGUAUUCGUCUAUGGUUUGAGAUGUUACGCAGCACAUGGGAGUGGUUGUCACUGCGUGUCUCUGGGCGGACAGUACUGUUGAUUUACGUUCGGGAAGAAAAGACGGCUUGCUUUUUUGGACGGUGGAUGGAGUUCUUGGCUUAGUGGUUUGGUGCUCUUGCUCGGGAUUGGGCUGGCUGAUACCCCAAGGCGAAAUCGAAUUGUUGGCUUUAUCUUCUUCAUCCCACUGGUUGACAUCUGAAAUG